AUGGUGCUGCCUAGCGGUGACACGAGCGGCACUCGUAAGUCGGCCGCCGGGCCUGCAGCGGCCGUACGAGUAACGAGUAACGCUUCAAAGUGUACACAGUACACAUCAGCUACAGAACUGCUAGUGGCGGUGUUCUGUUCACAAAUUAUGCCAAUGAGCUGCAGGAAGCUUGUUCCCUUUGUUACCCGCCAAUUCUCCACCACAGCUCGCAGACAAGCUGAUGUUGUCCAUCCUGGCUACAAGGAGUUAAAAGUAAAACAGGAAUUGUUCCAGAAAGAAGAUGGAGUUCCUGUUCAUCUUAAGAAAGGUGUAGUGGAUUCAAUCGUUUACAGGUUCACAAUGGGCCUUGGUGUCUUCGGAGUUGGUGCCAGUCUUUUUUCCUUCUACAAACUUGCAACCGGUCAAAAGUAAAAGAUCUUCAUCAAAAGAUCGCCAAUUGAAAAAUAGGAUAAAUUAUUACUUGUUAAAUUUAAGAAAAUAAAAUUAAUGUAGACCUAACGUAAA